GGCUUAAAGUCUCUCCAAAUUGAACAUUGGUGGAGAUGUAAGCUUAUUUUGCGCCCUCAACUCCAGGUUAUAUCAGAAUCAGCUGCCCUUAACAGUCUCUCUUCCUGGCAAGACAUUUCCGUAAAACGCUGCGUUCCUAGAGAAGGCGCCUUGGCUGAAAAUGAAAUCAGGGACCUGCAUGGAGUGGGAUGGCUCAUGCCACAUGCGUGUGACAGUGAUGCAUCUUAGAAGGGGAUCAAGGACCUCAUGGGCUGUCCAGAACCUCUCCUUCACAGGAUAUUAGCAGCCCACACCUAGCGCCCGCUCUGGCAGGCGUGAUGCGUUAGACACUUCCUACGUCAUUUGUGGAGUGAGAUUAAAAUGAAGCCAGGAGGCCCCGGAGUAAGCACCGCCUGAGGCCUGGCAGUCAGUGACAGAGCCAGGCGCCCGCUGCCCCAAGAGUCGCCAACAGCAUCAUGCCCGCACUGCUGGAGCGCCCCAAGCUUUCCAACGCCAUGGCCAGGGCUCUGCACAGGCACAUCACGAUGGAGCGGAAGCGCAAACGCCAGGAGGAGGAAGAGGUGGACAAGCUGAUGGAGCAGAAGAUGAAAGCCGAGCAGGAGAAAAGAAGGAAGAAGGAGAUGGAAGAGAGAAUGUCCCUGGAGGAGACCAAGGAACAAAUUCAGAAGCUGCAAGAAAAACUUUCAGCUCUACAGGAGGAGAAGCACCAGCUUUUCUUGCAGCUCAAGAAAGUUCUGCAUGAGGAAGAAAAACAGAAGCGAAAGGAACAGAGCGACCUCACCGCCCUGCCACCAGCCGCGUACCAGCAGAGCCUGCCGGUUCACACAGGAGCUCACCUCCUCACCAUGCACGCGAGUCCUGGAGGUCACAACCGCCCAGAUAUCCUCAUGGCGGCGGAGAGAGCCAAGCAGAUGUUUGGACCCCAAGUGCUUGCGGCCCAGCACUACAUGGGAGCAGCAGCUGCUUUCGCAGGAACCUCAGAGCAUGGACAGUUCCAAGGCAUUCCAGCGGGUGCUUACGGGUCUGCCCAGCCCCUACCUCACUAUGGGCCUACACAGCUAGCCUACAGUCCUAGCCAGCAGCAGCUCAGGGCCCCGGCAGCAUUUCCUGCAGUGCAGUACCUAUCUCAGCCGCAGCCACACCCCUAUGCAGUGCAUGGCCACUUUCAGCCCACUCAGACAGGGUUCCUCCAGCCUGGCGGUGCCCUGUCUUUGCCAAAGCAGAUGGAACGUGCCACUCAGCCAACCAGCUUCUCGGAAUCAUCUUCUCUGUGGCCCAUGUACGCCCAGGCUCUGCACCCAGGCCCUGGACUCAUGGCUUCCCCCCAGAUGCAUGUGCAGAUGCAAGCAGUGGCAAAGCCAGGCGUCGUCGCCACUACCAGCCAGCCUGGCCCUCGGCUCCCUUUCACCCAGUACAGCCAGAACCCACGGUUCUACCACAAGUAGCCACCAGAUAACUCCAACCUACCCUCCAUCCCUCAGGGUGACCUUCCUGUGUGUCCCAAACCAAUAAAAUCUACCCACUACCAA